UAUUAUACUAUUGUACGGUACACAUCUAAUUUUUUGCUUUAAUAAAUUUAUCAUAUUAUAAAUUAUUAUAGUCUGUUUUGAUACUUUUUUACUUUUUGUUAAGAAAUUUCGUUGUGAAAAGUAAAGUUUAGAUUACAAUUUUGCGUGAAUAUUUGUAAAAUAUGAGCACUCUGCGAUUCAAGGAUAGUAAGACGGCGGUCAAAAACCGUUCCACCAAGAAAACGUUUGAAGAAUAUCUCAGGGAUGCAGAAUCGUUAAAGUCUGACAUUUAUGUCAGAUGCGAUGGCUUUGACGAUGUUCUGGCUGCUUGUAAUUCAGACUCUGUCGAGACGCCCUACAUUAAUUUCCUAAGGGUUUUUUGGAAGCGCCACAGCGAUUAUUACACGAAUCAGCAAAUUGUACAGGCGGCUGCAAACCGAUGGAACGAGAUGUCUAUACUCCAACGGUGCAAGUACUCUGUGAAUCCACCCAAAACUUCACUGGGUUAUUGCGAUUCGGAGAACAGUAGUACCGCUAGUGAACUUCCCGGCUCGUCGGACAGCGAUGAGCAAUCGGAUUCAGAUCCAGGUACCCCUAAGGCCACAGACACUUUCUUUGGUGGCAGCAGCAACGGCGGUGGUGAAUGUUAUAACAAAAAGAAGGAACCUCAGUACAGCAAGCCAAAGUGCAUGAAGCCCAAGCCAAGUUGCCCUAAACCCAAGUCGAAGGUAAAGAAAUGUUGUGCAAAACCCAAGCCCAAGUGCGCCAGGCCUAAGCCAGCGUGCCCAAGGCCCAAGAAAAGGAUGUCGUGCCCCAAGCCGAAGCCCCGGUGCCCCAAGCCGAAGUCCAGGUGCGCAAAGCCAAAGCCAAAGUGCCCCAAGCCCAAACCAUCGUGCCCCAAGUAAACGUAUUUGAAACGUGUCGCCCCUUUCCGUCAACAAUUAGGCCAUUUUUAGAUCCGCAACCAGACAAAAAAAAACAAAGUAAUGCUUGUAAGCACUGCUAGAAUCGUAGAUAUUGGGAAACCUCCAGGGAAGAAGGCCAUUGACAUCCGGGGAUGGAAGCGAAGCUUUAACAGAACCGAGGAACGUGGUCUUUGGUCCGGGAAGGUCCAGAAUACUACUCUUUUAAUAACCCCCAUACAAGCAAAUUUACCAUUUGAUAAAUAAAGAAAUGUCUGGUAAAAAA